CUUAAAAUCUCUCCCUCGGUUGUGGAGGGGUUGUGCUGGCACUUGCAGAGCACGGGGGGCACGCUGACCCUGGACUGAGGGGGCUCCCACAGCUCCAGCCCCAGUACUGGACCAGAGAAUCGGCUGCAGGACCCCUCAGCGCCUUCCCAGCCCGGCCAGCACCUCGCACCGAGCACCGUCCCGAGCGUGGGACACGGCUCCCACCCGUGCGCUGAGCUUGCCUGACCUGUGCCAAGGACAAAGCCCUGGCACGAGCAGCAUGGUGCGGGCAGCCCCGGCCCCAGCAGCCGUCGCUCUCUGCCUCUGUUUCUCCGCAGACCUCGUGAAAGCCGCAGUGGCCGCCCUGACCAUCGGAGCUGUCCUGUCUGCCACAGAGCAACACACCGACCUCUCAGCGCCGGCCCUGCAAAGCUUCCAGUGCAUCCCAGCCAGCGACCUGCCUGCUGCCGACAUCCUCGCCUUUGCCCAGGGACUGCAAAACAGAACAGCAGAGCUGAGCAGCGCCCAGCUGUCCUGCCUGGCCAGGCUGCUCGCUGCCAGGAACCUGACGGCUGAUUUUGGCCAGUACCCACCAGACCUGCUGCUCUUCUUCGAUUUGACCGAGGUGCGUGGUGGGACCUGCGGAGCGUUUUAUGCCCGGGCUUCCCGCGGGAACCUGGACCUGCUGCCCAGGGGCUCAGCCCGGCGGACAGGGCUGCUGCAUGGGGCGCUGGCCUGCCUGGGGGUGAGGAGCAGCCGCCUGCGCCCAGAGCAGCUCAACAGCCUCGGGGCACUGGUGUGCGACAUGGAGCCAGAGACCAUCGUGGCCUCAGACCCCAGCGUCCUGGAGAGCCUGAAGCUCUGCCCAGCGCUCACAGGGGCCCAGCGAGAUGCCCUCAACGCCGUGCUCCUUGGGGGGGGCACAGUGUAUGGGGAUCCUUCAAGCUGGGAUUUACAGACUCUGCAAAAUCUGGGGCCGCUCGUGCUGGCUUUGAACCAGACCACGCUGAACUUGGUGGCUGAGGCAGCACGGGAGGCUUUCGGCAGCAGCAUCACGGCUGCGUACAGCAGCCAAGGACGUUCCCAGCGGCAGAAAUCCCUGACCCUCCUCAGGGCCUUUGCGGCAGCAUCAGCUUCCCGUCCCAGGCUGAAGCGGAGCACGGACCGUGAGCCGCCUGGUGACCUGCUCCCGCUGCCCGCAGGCUGCCUGUCCGCGCCCAUCACGGCCAGGACCAUCGCUGGCCCCUUCUUACUCAUCGACUACGACACCAGGGAGCAGUUCGACCUGUGCCUGAGCAAUGAGGUUUUAAAAGCAAACCUGGGGGCUCUGCUGGAACAGCCGCUCACCGUGGAGUACCUCCUGGUCGUGAAAGCGAAGCUGGAGCAGAUUUACCCUUUGGGGAUCCCAGAGGAGCAGCUGAAGCUGUUGGGGCCACUGUCCCGCCAGUACACGGUGCAGGAGAUCAGUCUGUGGCCGGUGACAUCCAGUGACACGCUCUCAGCCCUGCUCAACCCCUCGGAUGGCAAGUGGGGAGCUCCCCAGGUCCAGCAGCUGCUCAGCAGAUACCUGACACUGGGAGGCACCUUGACUGGGCCCUUGCUUCGGAAAAUCGGUGGAAGACACCUGUGUAAUCUGCAGGAGGAGCGGAUCAAUCAAAUAUCUCCAGAAGCGAUCCAGACUGCUGGACAAUUAAACAUUUCUUCUUGCUCUCAAACCAAGAAGGACCAACUCUACAGAAAAGCCCGGGUGGCCUUUGCUGGCCAGGCUGGCACCAGGGCGUAUUACUGCCGGAUCUGGCCCUACCUGGGUGGAGCUCCAGCAAAGGACCUGAAGGAUCUGGCUCAAGCUGGCGUUGCCAUAGACAUGGACAUGGACACCUUUCUUGCCCUAAAUCCCAACGAACUGCAGAAACUCAGCGUCGUGGAUGUGAAAAAUUUGCUGGGGGAAAACCUCCCUUCCCUGAAGGAAGCUGAGAACGAGACCUCGGUGAUGCGCUGGCUGAAGAGACAGUCCCAGCGGGAACUGGACUGCACCCUGGGAAUCGGCCUGCAAGGGGGAACGGAGGAACCCGGUCCCACAAGGACGGCUCCCCCUCCUCACCCCACUGCCUCGGCCAGUAUCACCCCCACAGCCACCAUCCCCAGCACUCCCCCCAACGCUUACACCGCUGCCACCUCCGCUGCCAGACCUGCUCUGACCACCAGCUCCAUCAUCCCAUGCUCCAUCCACCAGUCUGCCACCUCACAUAAGGCCACCCCCUCCUCUGUCAAGCCCAAUGCCACCUCUCCCAGCUCUGUCCCACUCCCUGCUCUCACACGCAGGGCCACCACCAGCGCUAGUGCUGGUACCACCCCUACCACCAGCACCCCACUGGUGUCCAUGAACCCCCUAGCACCCGGGGGUACCACCCACCCCGCUCCUGCCACUCGUCACACUGUCAUGCCCAGCACCCUUGUCCCCAACUCCACCUCUGCCACUGCAGCCACAGAAACAAACCUCCCUUCCCACAAACCCACCCCGACCCCCAACUCUACCGUCUCCACCCAGAAGAGUGUCACCUCAUCAACGACAACACUGCUUUGCAAGACCGGUGCCCCUCCGGCAUUGCUUGGCCCCUCUUCCACCACCCGCAGCGGUGAAACCACUAAAAAACCACCCGUAGAUGUGCCAGAGCCACCGAGGCCAACACCCGGCGGGUACAUCAACCUGCAGCCUGAAGCUGGAUCAGGAUCCAGACUCUCUUCCUGCCUACUGCACGUGCUGACUACCGCCGUGGGAAGCUCACUGCUGCGAGGGCUUCUCUGACACUGCCACCUCUAGCACCAUACUCACUACAUCCUUCCUUUAAUUUUCACCAUCCUGCAAAAUAACGGGGCUGGCAAAUUCCCUGCUGAAAAGCAGAAACCCAGGAAAAGAACAGAGUUUGUCCAUUUGAUACCAGCACAGAAUUUUAUUACUUUUGAGGAUGGGCAAUGAAAGGAGGACAGCUAUUUUUCCAGCCCAAAACAGCCCAACAGGUACUUACUAGCUAGUUACUCUACAUAAUAAAAUCACCAGCAAUAUUGACUGGUCUGACAAUGUCUUAAUGCUGACAGCAGGCCCAGAUCUGCCAGCUCUACUCACACUGAGUGGUAUUUUCCUUCUAAGCAGUCCCACUGUGGUCUGUCGAAACACUGGGACAACUCAGGGAUUCGAGUUACUGGCCGUUGCAAAAGCAGCACAAUAUGGUGCAGCAACACAGUCUGAAAGCUGAGAGAUACACUAAAUCGCAUUUAACUUGUUUCAUGAACUUAGGAGAUUUUUUUUUUUAUCAAGAUUUCCUCAAAUUACGCAAAGCCUAGUUAUAGGGAUGAUUAACUGGAGACAGUUUAUCUUGAUUACUGUUGCAAUGCUGUAUAAUAAAACAUCAAUCAACUUUUUUUCCCCCUAAUGAAAUGUGUUCUUUGAUGUGCUUUUAGUGCUUUGUAUUGCAGUUUUUCUACCUAGGUUAAGUCUAAACAGUUUCCACUUUUUUUGGUCUGACUUCAUUCAUUAUCUAGUGUCUCCUCCUCUAAAGCUCUACUACGAGAAAGCGUUUCCCCUUCCAACUUACACAUCUUCCACUUACUAGUCCCAUUCUCCAUGGGCUGAGGACACUAUUGCAUGCCAUUUGCUGAGACUGUGUCAAGGCAUGAUGAAACAUAUCAAGAUUGUUAUCAGGGGAUCAAUGCUGUUAAAAACGCAGACUGUCUUGCUUACACCCGGCUCUCUUGCACCCUAGCUAGUGCCCCAGCACCAUGGGAUGCAGGCAGCCUCUUGCCACCCAGAAGUCUGCAGUGAAGGACAGACCAGGGAUAUCCUGUUCUCCUUCUGCACAGCAUGGACAAUGGACAUUUAUAGUGUCUUUGCAGGCAGGCUCUCCUCCUGGGGGAAAAGGGGGAUUUCAGGGACUGGAUACAGGUUGCACUGAGGCUUUUUUGAACAGAAAUCCCCAAUGAAUCUAGUACAAAGUUCUUAUACCCUCCCCAUGAGAAAGCUGAGAACAGCCUCAGCUCUUUAGUGUUGAGUAAUCAACACCA